GUAAGAAUUUCCAUAACCCCCACCAUUGCGCUUCAUACGGUAAUAAAAUUUCAUUCCGAUUGAAUAGUUCUGUUCGAAAGAUGACAAACCAAAAGUAUCGUACCCGAUUCUCCAUAUUACUAUUCCUUUUGUUUAUAACUGUUUUCAACACUUCGUCCGCCGAUGUGCAUGAAAUUCAGUCUUCUGACGACUAUUUCGACUUUAUGGGCCGUGAACUCGUCGUUUUUACGUUCAGCGCUCCUUGGUGUGGACCAUGUAGGCAGUUUUCACCCCAAUUGUCAGGACUCGCCACAAAAUAUAGUGGUCAGGUUGACUUUGCCACUGUAGAUAUUGAAAACGUGCCUACAGUUGCAACAAAUAUAGCAGAAUUACCAACAAUUCUAGUUUUCAAAAAUGGAUCGAGGGUGGCCGGAUUUGUUGGAGCAGAUAUUCAGCGAUUACACGCCGCAAUUCGAAAGCAAUUGGAAGAAUAAAUUUUCUGAUUCAA